AUAUUUCUCAAAGCACUAUAAUAUCAUUAUUGACAGUUUUGUGAUUUCUACGUCGCUAAAAAGUGCAAUCUGACAAGGAAAUGUCAUUUUCGUGAUGCUGAUAAACUGUUCUCAGUCCAUAUUUGUGAAUCACCUCUAACAUUGAGUGUCGACGUGUAAAAUGGCGUGGUUCGGAGAUGGGCUCUCGAGCUUGUCUAAUUUAAAAGGACAAAUUACUAACUUUACGAAGGAAAUACUUCCGGAAAGCAUUUCCGAGGAUAUAGGUGAACGGUCGAGGAAUUCAAAUGAUGCGAGUGAAAAAUGUACCCAACUUCAAGAAAUAAUUGAUUCCAAAGAUGCCGAAAUCUCGUUGCUGCGCCAGCAAAACUCCGAUCUGCAAAGAACCGUCGUGGAGUUGAAUACGAGAUUGCAGGAGACGAAUAAUGUCAGUCGCGACGAGGAAGAUGGAGGAAUGUUUUGGGAUCCUGUUUCUGUUAGAAAUCACGACAGCAAAUAUCAAAGCCAAGUGCGCUCAUUGCAGGAUCAGCUGGCACAAGCCACCUUGACGAUUCAAAAUUUGGAAACCGAAUUGAAACACGUCCAGAAAGCGAAUUCUACCUCUUUAAUGGAUGAAAUCCAGGAGGGACACCAAAAAACGGAGCUGUUGAGAGCUAAACAGGACAUGAUGAAUCAUUUAAUACAGAUGGGUGAAAAGAAUCGUGAAAUGGAAAGGAACCUGAAGCGUAUCCAAUUAGAUGAAGCUGUUCUAGUUAAUGACUUUAAAACUGUGAUUUCCAAAUUGGGAUCUGUUGAACAACUCGAUCUAAUAAGAGGAGCUCUUAAGGCUCUUGAAACGGAAGCUAAAAAACUGGACUCCUACCACCAUCACCAGAAAUCAAACAGUGAGAAAAAUGGCGAGAAACUAAGCGAAGACAAAUUUGAAUCCGUGCCUUUGAGACCAAGCUACGACGGAAACUUUUUCAACGAAGGAGUGGCAGAUCCAGGGGAAGUGCUGGAAUUGAAAAGGAAAAUCACUGAACUUGAGGAAGAAAAUAAAAAUCUGUCCACCAAUAUCGAGGAACUGGAUCAACAGAGCGCAGAGUCCAUUGCGAAAGUUCUGUCCGUAAAAGAGGAAUUACAGAAGAAGCAUCAGUACCUUCAGAAAGCGUACGAGGAUCUCUACGUGGAGAGCAACACGGCUCAGAAUAAAGUGAAAGCCUUGCAGGCCAAACUGGAAGAGACCACCAACAAUACAACUGCGAAGCAAAAGACGAUAAGUCAGUCCUCACAGACUGAAGAAACCAACAAUAAACAUGCAGAUGUUCAAACUGAACAAAAAGAUGUAGAUAGAGAGAACGAGAACAUAGGAUUCCCCGAUGUGGUCAAAAAGGUGAGAGAAAUCCUCAAGGACUAUCCCUUGGAAAGUGAGUCGCAUCAAACGUUCUUUGAAGCGAUUGCAAAAAGUCUCGUCGAUGAAAAAUGGAAAAAGGAUGUUCUCGAAAGGAAAGUUACCGAACUCACUAGAGAAUUAAAGCAGUCUGCGGAAAUAAAGGAUGCUUUGCAAUUGGAAUGCGAUGACAUGCAGACUAAUAUUGAGUCACUGCUGCUAGAAAUUCAGCAUUUAAAAACCAACCUUCCAUCGAUACCGGAAGCGAGCGAAGAACGAGUCGCUUCUUUGGAAUCAGAAACGGAGUCUUUGAGCGAAGAUAUUAAACGUCUUCAGGAUGAGAAUAUUAGCCUGCGCCAAAAAAAUACGGAACUGAUCACCAGUACACAUAGUAUGGAGAGUUCGCUGAGAAACCAGGAGAAUUUGGAGGCAGAAGUGAGGAAUACAAAACAACAAUUGGAUAUAGCUAAGCAGCAGUUAGAAGGAGUUUCGAAAAAUGUUGAAAGCAAUGAAAACACCAUGGAGGAUCUCAGUCGUCGACUGCACGUAUCGCUGGAGGAAAAUACCGAAUUGCGGAAGAAAAUCGAUCAGUUAGAAAAUUCGGAGAAGCAGAUGCAGGAUCAACUGAGAAUGUCAAUGGAGAAGUGCAAGGGCUUGGACGAUAACAUAGAAUUAAUCGAGGAACUCAAAUUGGAUCUUGACAAUGUUCGCCGAGAAUUGAAAUCGUCGGUUUCAAAUGGCAAAAGACUUGAGACAAUGCUUUCCGAAAUGCAAGAAUCGAAACAUGAAAUGGAAAAAGAAAUGCUAACGCACGAAAGGGAUAGUCUGAAAGCUCAGUUGAUCGCACUAAACGAAUCAAAUGAUACGAAAGAAGUUAUCGAGUUACGAGAACAAUUGGAAAUAGCGAAUCGUGAUAAAAACGACCUAGAAUACGAUAUUGCGAAAAUGAGAACUGAACUAGACAAAGCGUUUGAUGAAUCAGAUAAACUGUUGCAAGAAAAUCAAACGUUAACUCGAGAAAUCGAAUCAUUGUACGAACAGCUGACAAUUAGUCGGAACGAAGCCAGGGAGAAGACGGAACUCUUGACAACAGAAAUGGAUCUACUUCAGCAGGAACACGAAGAGUUGAAAAAAGAAUUAAGUAACAAUAAAACCGAGUUACAAAAUACGUUACAUAAGUUACAAAAGACGAAAGAAAAAUUAACGAAAUUGGAAUCCGACUUGUCUCACUCCGCAUCACGGAUCGGGGAAUUAGAAGUCGAAAAUAAAACUUUACGCAUGAACGCUAAUGCUGCAGUAGAACUCGAGCAGACAUUGCAAUCUACUGAAGAGAGGCUUAGAUUGACAGAAGAUGACUGCAACCGAAUAAAGCAUGACUUAUCCGAUUCCAAAUCCCAUGUUCAGGAUUUACACGUUGAGAACGAAGCAAUCAAAAAUACCAAUGCUGAACUAGAAAAUGAAUUGCAGUCUGUCAAAAAGAGAUAUCAUGAAGCAGAAGACGAAUGUGAGAGACUGAAAAAGGAAUUAUCUUCUCUACGCGUUGAAGAAGCAGAAGUAGCAACACUAAGAGAAAAUUGUACCAAACUCGAGAAACAGCUGAAGCACAUAAAAAAUGUUGAAGAAAAACUGCAAAUUGCCGAGAGCAAAUGCGGCGAAUUGGAAGCUGAAUUGGAAGGCUUACGAUCCGAAAAGAAAAAAUCGGAAACUCUUUCGGAGGUUAAAAUCUCCGAUAACGAGAAGCAACAAAUCUUAGAAGUUUUGGAAGAAAAAAUGAGGGAGAAUUCUAUGUUAAAAGCUGAUAAUAGUAAACUGAUGACUUCGAUAGCGGACGAACAGCACAAAUUGAAUACAUUAAUGGAAAGCAACAAAGAGUCCUCGGUAAUGGCCCGAGAGACAAUUGAAAAUCUGUCGCAACUCGUAAGAGAGAAAGAUCACGAAAUAGAAAACUUAAAAUCAAAUGCCCUUUCCUGUAACAUUCCUAACGGCGAGGUAGAACUGUUUAACUCUCUUAAGAACGAAAGGGACGAACUCGUAAAGCUCAUACAAGCGAAGCAUGACGAAAGCUUGCAAUACCACAAUGAGAUUCAACGAUUAAAUCAAACGGUAAACGAACAGAAUAUUGCGCUUCAUAAACUAGCGGCCGAACACGAAGCAAAUUUGUCUUUGAUCAAAGAGAAGGAAGCUAAGAUUCUAUGGGCGGAAAAUGAGCUGCAAGUGGUUCGACAGAGAUUGAAGAACUUCGAAGAGUCGAACAAUUAUGGAGAGUAUUGCAACAUCGCGGAGCAUGCGGCUCAGCUCGCGAAAUUUGGAAUUUUGGAUGAGAAGGCCAACGCAUUGGAAGCUGCGCUGAUUCAAGAACAAUCCAAUAAUAGGAUGAUGCAGAGUCAACUGAUGGAGAGUCAAAGUAAAGAGACGAACGCGGCAAAAGAACUGGAAAGACUUAGAGCUCACUUGAUGGAAAUGGAAGCCAGUUAUACGGAAGAAGCUUUACAAGCCGAAGACACGCGGAAGCAACUCGAAGCGAAAUUGGCGCAAGCCGAGGAAAGGGCGAAGAAUAGCUCAACCGUUUACACAUCGGCAAGCAUCAGAGCGAAUCAGCAGCUUGAAACGUUGCAGCAACAAAUGGCUCUGAUAGUUAAGCAGAGGGAUGAUAUACAAGGUAAAUUGGCAGUAGCCGAAGACAAAGUCUUGUCUCAUACUGCCUCGCUGACCAACUUGCAGCUCGUACUGGAACAGUUUCAAAGAGACAAAGAGAAGGAUAUACAAAUUGCUACGGAAAAGAUCCGAAAUCAACUUCAUGAGUCUUAUAGAAAAGAGGAAGAACUGAUGAAUGAAGUCACGAACUUGAAGGAUCAAUUGGCUGACGCCAAAGAGUGCUUACAAGCAGCCUCCAGACUUAGUGAACAAUUAGACAAGAAGGACGAACGGAUCGAGCAUUUAACUCAAGAAGUGGCAAGGUUGUCAGAGAUUGUUAACACGGCUGAGGAAAGGAUACAAGAGGCCAAUCGAAACGGAGAGGGAAAAGUUGAUAAGUCUCUCGUUAAGAAUCUUUUACUGGGUUACAUAUGCUCACCAACCACUGAUAAAUCAUCUGUCCUUCGAGUCUUUGCAACCGUUUUGGAUUUCAAUGAUUCGGAAAGAGACAAAAUCGGGUUGAAUGGUCCCGUUUCUGGUACAGGAUGGUUUUCCGGAUUGCUUAGCGGUGCAGGACCUUCAACUAAGGAUCAAGAAGUCUCACUGUCAGCUGCCUUUGUUAGAUUUCUAGAAAGUGAAUCGAAACCAAAAUCUCAAGUACCAGCUCUACCACUAGCACCUGCGCCUUUGCCUCGAUCUGGCCACAGUCGACAACAUUCUACGUCAUCCACGCAUUCCACAAUUUUGCUGUCCAACGUCACUCUUCCAACAUUUCCGGAUUUCGUUCCAGCCAGAAACAGUGGGUCAAUUUUGAAAGAAGUCCUAAAAGAUAGUUGAUACUAAGGAGACCUCACGAUAUGAUUUAUGCACAGAGGGUUUAUAUGGCAUGAAAUCUGUAGACAUAUUAAAAUGUCGUCCAGAACAUAUAAUGAGAUCGAAUACGGUAAUACUGUAAUUAAGGAUUACGACUGUGCAGACUACUGAUAUUGAUUGUGAGGCAACGAAUAAGUAAUGAUGUUACUCCUAUAUAACUCGCGUAUGAGUGCUUUUUAUACCUAACUAUAACCCUGCUCAAAUUAUGGCGCAUAACAAACAUUUGUAAUGUACGGAUCUGUAUGAUAAAAUUAAACUGUAAGUUGUUAUGGACAGUAUGCAGGGAUGAGCAGCAGCUAAAUAUUUUUGGAGAUGAAAUUGUUCGCCAUUAUCCGUUUUGUAAACAUGAAUAUAUCCACUAAGCAACAAAAUGAAACACUGUUAGGUACAUAUCCUAAUUCGCGCUUAUUUUAUGUGUACUAUACAGAGACGAGUAUUUAUUAUCUUACCUACGGGAAUCUAAUUUCUUACAAAUUACAGAAUACAAUAAUAUGUUUCGAUAAUUUUACGAAUUUAUUUUAUAUUUCUUAAUAUUGGUGUAAUUCAAUAGUCUUUAGUAAUGGCAAAAACAUUUUUCAUUUCCUGUGUCUAACUGCUGCUUAUGUGAUGUUAUAUUUAUAUAUGUAUAAAAUACUAUAUGAAUUAUAGAACUUGUCACAUAUUUGUUAGACUUAGCUCUUGCGAGGUGAAAAAUCAUAAGUAAUUUACGAGAUUAUUUUAACUUGCCCAAUUUCAGAUGGCAAAUGCUUGCCUUGUGAAUACUUUUACAAAACAAUGAAAUUGAAUCUACUACAAAAAAUUAAUUAAUAUAAUUUUCGAGUUAACCGAGCUAACUUGGAUUUAAUCAUAUCACCUUUUCAAGUCAUUUUCCAGACAUAGAAGCGAGUAAUUUAAAAAAUGUCACUAAAAACAGAUCAGUAUUUUUCCAAUUCACAGCGCUUCUUCAUGUAUAAUUCUAGAAUGACGAGAUAUUAAGACAGAAUUUAUAUAUUCCUAACUCUUAUUUUUGCUUCCAUAUAUUAUAAUAAAAUAUUUUCAUCUUUGGGAUUUAUAUUUUAUGUUCUGGUUGAUUGCAGUACAGUCGCUUAUUUAAGAUUACUUAAGCAAUGUAGAUGCCUGUAUUAAACACAGUUUGUAUUAAAAAAAACAGGGAUAUCCAAACUAUGUAUAGUAAAACUAUUUGUAGAUAUGGAGUCUUGGAAAUAUGUAUAACUGGAGUAAAUUCUGUUGCAGAUUGUAUUACUCUAAUUGGUAAGUUUGCAUAUUCCUGUGUUAAAAUAUUCAUUGUAUUAAUACUAAAUGCAAUUAGAGAUUAGCGUUGUCUUGCUACCAUCCCGGCUGACGUUUUACUGGAAACAAAUAUUAAACUAAUAAGAUUCAUAAAAUUGUACAAAUGAGUAUAACUUAAUUGUCUGAAUUGACGAUAGAUCAUUGAUUGCGUUAUAUUGUGUAACAUGCACUCGAUUAUUUCAUAAAUUUCCAAAAAUCAAGAAAUAAAGAUUUUGUAUACACGUGUAAAA